UGGCUCAAGACACACAUUCGCUCAUUCUAUCCGCUGCAUCCAUAUACCUCCACUGUUCUGCACGACUUGUCAUCUCUUAACUGGUCUUGCUUUUCGCGCGAUCGCCUCUGACAGCAGUCGUUGUAUGGCCAUUCUCGACUCGCUCAGGGACCACUACGCACAAGUUCGACAGUGGAUCGAAGAUGAAGUCAACUUCUUCCGUCUGCACCUCGUAUACUUCACAUUCGUGCCUCUGAUUGCUGCUGGGAUAUUCUAUGGUGCCAAUGGAGAGUUCCAUAUACCAUUCAUCGAUGCUCUGUUCUUGUGCUAUUCCGCACUCACCGUGACCGGGCUAUCCACCGUCAACCUAAGCACCCUUACCGUCUUUCAACAAGCCAUCUUGUUUGUCUUGAUGAUCGGAGGCGAUGUAACCAUAGUCGCAUGGGUAAUGGUUCUGGUGCGCUUGCGCUACUUCCGGGCGCAUAUCAUCGAAACGCACCGCAAGAAGACCAUAUUCCAGUCCUUCCGGGAUCGCGUAGGAGUUAUUGUCUCCGGUGUAGGCAAAUCCACUCCUGCUCGGCACCCAGAGGACGGGACGGAGAAGCACGAAACCUAUGGCAGCCACGGAAUCCAAGCCUCGGACGGUAUCGGCGCUGCGCUCGCUGCAGGCGGGGCCACCGGGCUUGGGCUAGGCAUAGCGCUCGGGGCAGGCGACGAUCAAAUGGAGAAGGCGCACGCAGCGCAACUUGAGAGCGCGUGGAACGAUUCACACUCGAUACGGAUCGAGGUCAACUCCCCGAGGUCGACCGCUCGCGCGUCGCCCUCGGAGGACUUCAUGACGCAUGUAGGCACUGAGGAGCACGAGAGAGGUAUCGUUGCGGACGUACACUCGUUCACAUCGUCCCCGCGCUCCGGGGCCAUUCCCUUGCAAUCACCUAUCUCGCCCCCAGUACAGCGUAUGCAUUUUGCUGCCGGUGUGCAGGAUGUUCCGAGCGGGAACAUGAGGAGAAGACCUGGCGUUCCCGUGCCGCGCCGGCGUACGAUCAUCGUUCCGCCCAAGAUGGAGUACGCGCCGAACGGACAGCUCGUUCUCGGUCAGCGUGAGAAGGAUCAGGGACUUGGUGGAUUCCCCGGGCCCUUCAUUCUGGGGAGACGCCUAGCAAGACGUUACUUCCCUACUCUCUAUCGCAAGCUUUCGACGCUGGUGCAUGUGGAGCCACGGCCUGCUCGGAAGGGAAAGCUGAAAUGGCUGAGCGAAGGUCUCAGUGACCUGGUCAUCGGGCGUAACUCGGAGUUCAACACCGAUGAGCUCUCUGAUGAGCAGCUGGAGGAGCUCGGUGGUAUCGAAUACCGCGCGUUGCGCAUGCUGAACUGGAUCGUAAUAUCGUAUUUCAUCGGCACGCAACUGGUCUCGUUUACCUUGUUCGCGCCCUGGUUAUCAACGACGCAUGCCUACGAUAACGUAUUCAACAGCCAGUUCCGCCUCGUGAAUAAGUCAUGGUUCGCAAUUUUCCAGGUUGUUGGCUCGUAUACUGGCGGAGGGAUGAGUUUGGUUGAUGCGGGGAUGGUACCCUUCCAGAAGGCGUACCUCAUGAUCUUUGGCAUGAUGUUUGCUAUCUUGGCGGGAAAUCAUGGACUGCCCAUCUUCUUGCGGUUGAUCAUUUGGAUAUGCACCAAGGUUGUCAAAGAUGGAGGAACCAAUGAUCAAGUGCUUCAUUUUCUGCUCGAUCAUCCUAGAAGAUGCUUCCUGUACCUGUUUCCCUCCCAUGUCACCUGGUUCCUCGUCGUUGUCUUGAUAUUGCUCACUGCUAUUGAAUGGGCAGCGUUCAUUGUCCUCAACAUCGGCUUGGAUGUGACAUCCUCCCUGUCUGCGGGUGUCCGUGCACUGGCGGGCCUUUUUCAAUCAUUUGCUAUCCGCGCGUCCGGCUUCGCCAUCGUAUCUCUUGCGUCUACUGCCCCAUCAUUCCAGUUCCUAUGUGUCAUCAUGAUGUACAUCGCUAUCUACCCCGUUGCGCUUAGUAUCCGUUCGACCAAUGUAUAUGAGGAGAAGAGUCUCGGCGUUUUUGAGCCUCCCGAAGUCGAUGAGGAUGAAGAGCCAAAUCUUGAUGAGAAACAACCGCGCCGGGAACGCAUCGGCAAGUAUUUUGGAUGGCACCUACGCCGUCAAUUGGCCUUCGACAUAUGGUGGCUUGUUUCUGGCAUCUUCCUUAUCUGUAUUAUCGAACGUACAAAGAUCAUGGACGACGUCAACGCGCCGUGGUUUAACGUCUUCCGGAUAGUAUUCGAGCUGGUCUCCGCUUUUGGCGGGAUCGGCCUGACGUUAGGAAUUCCGACGGAGAAUUUCUCGUUCUGCGGCGCGUUUGGGCCGUUAUCGAAACUGGUGGUCAUCAUCAUCAUGGUGCGCGGCAGACACCGCGGUCUUCCUGUCGCAAUAGACCGAGCGAUUUUGCUGCCUGAAGAGCUUGUCCCAGCUAAUCAUGCAGCCUCGAGUCAAGCCGUCGCCAACUCAGCAACUCCCCUUCCAUUAGAUCAAGUGGGGGAGAAGGAGACUGGAGCGAAGACUUGAUGACUGCUUUGCUGACAUAUUUCUUAGUUAAUGAUGCAUGACGUCCCUAGACUUACACUAUUUUCGCUACCCAUCCUAGAAUUACGGGUACGCGCUCAGGACUGGAGGAUUUAUCGUAAUGACCGAU